CCUGCAGACAAACAGAACUAUAGCUAUGAGCCAGACAGCUGAGGAGCUGUUAAUCAUCUAUGAGACAGAGGCAGAGCAAUGGGCCACAUACCUGCACUCGGUCUUCAAUGGUCAUAUCUCAGAGGCUGGGAUCUGCUGCUAUGACAUUGCCACAGCGUCCAGUCGGCGGGACGACUUCCUCAGGCUGGCCUCGUUUACCUGCAAGCUCCUGAUCCUUUCCAAGGGCAUGCUGGAGGGUCUGUGCCAGAUGCGGCGCUUCUUCCUGGCCCGUGUGCUGAGUCCUGCAGCUCAUGUGGUCGUGCUGCUGUGCGGGGUGGAGAGUCUGACCCCACUGCUGGAGCUGGUGCCCCUGAAUGGCGACGAGUGCCUGCAGAUAUCCAGUGAACAGGAUGCUGAUGAGUACCUGUCCACUGUGACUGAUAUUGUGAAAAAAGGUCUGUCAGCCCCAGCGGCAAACGUCAACCCAGCGGCACGUAAACUAUCAGGAGCAGAGCACAGGGCGGAACAGACGCAGUCAACUGGAGCUCCCAGCGUCAGGCCGAACAUUGAGGUCGUUCCUUCCAGGGUUCUGUGCGGGAGUUCUACGGAGCUGUUCAUACUUUUGAAAAACGAGGCGGCCGACAGCGACGCCGAGGUUGAGUUCGCCGGUGAGAACCAGGAGCUGAGGGUGAGGCCUGUCCGCUGGAAUGAGCGGAUCCUGUGCAUCAAUGCCCCAGAUUUUCCAGCAGGGAACGUAAGUGUGACUGUGUAUAACAACGGAGUGCCACUGAGCAAGGCACAGCUGCAGUACUACAGCAACAUGGAGGAGAUAACCUGCCUUCUGGCGAGGGCAGCAGACCCUGUAGAGUUCAUGUGUCAGGCUCUCCAGGAGUCCUCUGUGGAGAAGCUGGAUCAGAAGCUGUCCUCCAUGCUGCUGGAGGGGAUGCCCACCGGAGGCUUUCAGGGACUGCAGAGUGAAAACACACCUGAAAGAGAGCUCCACCAUGCAGAUGUGCCAUCCCUCCUCCACUUUGCCGCCCAGUAUGGAUUCAAGAGCGUCUCCAGCCUGCUCCUGCAGUGUCCAGGUGCUGAGCGAGCACUGCACACAGCCAAUCGCCACGGACAGACUCCCACUGAGAUUGCCAAGAGUCACGGCCAUACAGAGCUUCACGUCUUAUUGAAGGAAACACUGAAAGUAUUCAACUCGGGCGAGGACAAUGGCGAUGCCAGCGUGUACGAAAUGAUGUGCACCGCAGGCACUCCCUCCACCACAGAUGCACACAAAAAGCAAGAGGGAGAGGGUGGAGAGGAGGAGGCGGAUGAGGAUAUCUACGCACCACUGGGAGUGAAUGAUGAGUAUGACACCAUCCUGAACUCAACUAAAGCAGUGGCCAUUGCCAAUCGCCCACCAGCACCCACACCGCGGCCUGAGAGCACCCAGGUGAAGGAGGACAAAACCCCUUACAUCGCUAAAGUGUUCCAGAAGAAGAAGACGCCGCAGGCCGAUGCUGAUCUGUACUCACUUCCCACUAAACAAGCACGUGGGCGAGAAGACAGAACCUCUUGCACCUAUGAUACCUUCGAGGCCAGCCCGACGCACGGGCUCCAGCAGCUCAUCGAGCUCCAGCAGAGGGUGAAGGCAGGUUCACUCAGUGUGGACGGGGCCCUGGAGCGCUUCGGGGACUGGCAGCGGGUUCAGAAGGGCGCGGACGCCACCCAGCAGGACAGGUUGAGUCAGCUGAGAGCCAGUAUCAUCAACAGCAGAGAGGAUGAUGACAGUGUCUAUGAUAAAAUCAACAUCGUUCAUCACACGCCAAGUCUUGCAGUGAAUGAAAGUCGGAGAGGAAGCCAGGCGGCGGAGUCUGAUUUUUACAGCAAGCCACUUAAAGGACAGCAUUCAAAUUUCUUUUCGAAAGCUGACAAACGGUGAAGGCUCCAUCACUCAACAAAGACUAUAUCCUUCCACCAGUGACAUCAGCUUUAAUCUGUUUGAAUGCAUAAUUUUAAUUGUAUUUUUAACAGCCUUUUUAUUUCACGGUAAUAAGAAAUGAAAUGACAG